UAGAAUCAACAUAGUCUUGGCAAUAUUUGCUGUGAAAAAUUCGAUAUAAUGUCCCUAUGGAAAAGUCGCGAAAAGUCUUACAAGGACACACGCUGGGAUCGCAUACGAAAACGUCAUCAGAACACAAAUACCCUAGCGCUAAAAACUGAUGCCGUGCGGCGUUUGAUUGAAACGGACUACAUUGGUAAGCACAAUGAGCGUCUAUUAAUCGAGGGUGAGCCGGAACCCAGCAAGAAACUGAAUCCCAGCGUUAUUAUGGAUAUUCGCCAUGAGAUGUUCCAGCAAAUACCCCGUAAGCUGCCGCUAGCCACAGUGGCCAAUCGUAGAAACCUAGACUUGACCAGGGCACAUAACUUGGAGGUGGAGCAGCGCUACAUAAACAAUCAGUUGCAACAAUUCCGUCAGCAUUUGGCCAAAAAACACAGAAACAUUCAGGAUUUUCGUAUACGACCCACCAAGCCGGACUUUAAGCUGAACAAUCGGCCAUUGAUGCAGAGUCUGACGCAAGCGGCUCAGCACAUAGAAGAUUUCUAUGCGACUCCAGUGCAGGCGUUGAGUCAGGCCAUGGAAAUGUGUGGAGCUCGCAAACAGGCGGCCACCAGUUCUCUACUAAAGGAACUUACGGCCGAGAAGGAUGCCGAUAUGGAAAACUUUAUGAUGCAACAAGAGACUUGGGUGCAAAAUGUGACUCUGACUGACAAAAAAUUAGCUGUCGAAGAGGAGACUACCAUAGACCUGGAUACCCUGGAGUAUCGUAACUUUGCCAAGCAAGUGCAGGUGGAUGAGAGUAAGGCCCUCUUAGAACGCUGUCGCACGCCGAGUCCACUAACACCCACCGAUGAGUUCUUCAAACCCAUGCGUGCUGCUGCCGAACGUCAAAUGCUGCACAUCCGCACGGUUCGACGUGAGGAGGAUCUGGCGGAGCAGGCGGAAAAGGCACAGCACAAGCUAGAACGCGAGCCCUCUACCUGUUCCAAUACAAGCGAUGGCAUCGACUCGGUCAUAUCGGAUCUGGCUGAAGAGGCCUUGUACGAGCUGCAAAUGGAAGCGGCCGAGGAGCAAAAGGAGCAGGUGGAAACGGCUUUAACAGUGUUGGAACCCGUGGCUACACCUGCACCUGCUGCCAAGCAUGUGCAGUUUCAAAUUGAUGAGGCCGAAGCGAAGCAACUUAAGAAAGCUCCCACACCCAUUGAGGAACUGGAACCGCUGCUUAUAACGCGCAUGGAGCCCAGGGUGGUCGUUAAGCCCAAAGAGCCUGAGCCGGAGAAUACGGGGAGUACAACGACCAGUGACGCUGACGACCUGGAUGAUGAAGGCGAAAUGAAUGUGCAUGAGAAGAAGCGUAUUAUUGGUCAGCUCUUCCAGGCGCGUGCCAACUCCCAGCUGGUCACAAUGCGCAAGUAUUUCCUCAAAUGGAUACAUUACACAACCAUUGAGAGAAUUGAGCGAGAAAAUGGGAAAACGCGUGGGGACCGCGUACAAAAAAUCAACGCGUUUCUCGACAAAGUGCGGCUAGAGAAGAAGCGUCUGAAGACGGCCAAAAGUGUUCCAAGCUCCGCAGAAAAGGAACAGCUGGCACAGAAAAGUGUGGAAGAGCGACAGGAGGCUAUUAAAAUGGCAAAACAGUUUAAAAAUAAGAUUAAAGUGCAGCAGGACAUUAUUGACUUGCAGCGAAUCAAGCUGGAACGCCAAGAACGCAUGAUCCUACAACUGAAGCUGAACAAGCUGAGCGAAGAGGCCAAGGAAGCACGCGAAGAUCUCAAGCAGGAGCUAAAGACUGUCAUACGUUGUGGCGAUCCCAAGGCAAAGGCCAAGGCCAAGUGCCUGCAGUUAAUAGGCAGUCUGCGCGAUGCCGAGGAUGAGGAAAUGGCGCGCCUACAAGGCAAGGCCCUGCUACAGCCUCGAUUUCUGCAACACAUGCAGGAACGCGCCCUAGAACGCAGCAUUAAACAUGAACAGGCCCGUCAGCGUCGAGCUCAGGCCGACGCUGAACGUGAAGCGGCUAAAAUGGCAUUAGAAGAUGCCAAGCGCCAGGAGGAUGAGGAGGCUAAACGAUUGCGUAUUGAAGUGCUAAAGGAGAAGCGACGUCAGGAGAAAAUGGCUAAAAUUCUGAAGGAACGCGAACGUCAGCGCUUCAUUGAGAAUCAGCGAAAGGCGCUGGAAUUUAGCCGUCUCUUGCUGCUGCGCCGUGUAGGGAUGGAGGGCUUUAAGCGCCUGUUACAGCGCAAGCGCGACAAUCUGGCCAAAUGUCUAGAGUUUCGUAGGCAGCUGUAUAUGCGAAACUAUUUUGUGGCUUGGCGCGAUUAUACGGCAUAUCGGCAACGGGAGAAAAUGGUUAAGGCAGAGCAAUGCCAUGAACGGGCGCUGAAAAGGAGUGCCUUUGUCAUCUGGUGUCGAUAUGUUCAGGAGGAGCGCAGCAAGAUGCUAGUGGCCAUUGAUUGGCAUGCCCUGCAUGCUACGGAGCAUUGGUUUAUGCGAUGGCUAAACUACACUACACACUGUAAGCUGACGGAGGACACCAAAAUGCGGCAGGCUAUAUCGCAUCAUGAAUGGCACUUGAAAUGGAAGGUUCUGGACUGUUGGCAACGUCUUCCGCAGAUAUUGCAGUUGGAGAGGGAAACGGAGGAGCGACGACAGCGCUGGCGCAUGAAGAUCUGGGAACUGUUACCGGACUACAAGCCACGGGAGAAUAGUUUGUGGUAGCCUAUAUUUAGUUAUUUUUGUUAAUUUUUAAGCGGUUUGUGUUAAAAAGUUUAUCUUUCUCAAAUUAACAUGUUAACAAUCUAUUUUAAUGGAAACUUAGAAGACAUAAUUUUAACAUAAAUCUAAAGAUCCAA